UUGGGGGGGGCGUGGUUACUUAGCGCAUGCGCAUAAGGGUCUCGGUUUCGGCAGGGCGAGAGAGGCAGAGCGGAAAGAGACCGACACGGUGAGGAGUGAGGAGGAGGAGGGGGAGGCUGUCGGCGAAGAGACGAUGACAUCACGCUGGAGGAAGCCGCUCUCCUCCCGCCAACUCAAGGCCCUUUCGGAGCACAGGUACUCUGUAGAGGGAUCCUCCCUACUGGAACCACCGCUGCAAAUCUUCUGGACCUGGUUGGUGGAGUUGGUGCCACUGUGGAUGGCUCCCAACACCAUCACCAUCACGGGCCUUGCCAUCAACGCCAUCACCACCAUCACGCUGGUGGCUCACAGCCCCGAGGCUCGCACUGUGCCACCGCCCUGGGCCUGCCUCCUGGCUGCCCUGGGCCUCUUCCUCUACCAGUCUCUGGACGCCAUCGACGGGAAGCAGGCUCGCCGCACACACUCCUCCUCACCCCUGGGGGAGCUGUUCGACCACGGCUGUGACUCCGUGUCCACCGUGCUGGUGGGUGUGGGUGCCUCGGUGUCCGUGGCGCUGGGCGCCUCUCCGCCCUGCAUGUUCUUCUGCUGCUUCGUCGGCAUGGCGAUGUUCUACUGUGCCCACUGGCGAGCCUACACCACCGGCACCCUGCACUUCGGCAGGGUCGACGUGACAGAGGUGCAGGUCGCCAUCGUCGUGGUCUUCCUCCUCUCCGCGCUGGGCGGGGAAGAGCUGUGGAGCACGCAGAUUCCGUUUACCCAGCAGUCCCUGCGGCUACUUCCUGUGCUCGGCAUGCUGGGAGGGGCACUCUACGCACUUCCUUCCUACGCGGUGGCCAUCUUGAGACACGCGGCCAGCGGUGCUCCGGCUGUCUCCGGUGGGUCUGUGCUCCCUCCCGCCAUACCACUGCUGGGCCUGCUGCUGCCGGCUUUGCUCGUUGCCUCCGUGUCUCCGGGCGUCUCCGCGUUUGUGUCUCACCCGUGUCUCUUCGUCCUCGCCUUCGGAGUCGUGUCCGCCAAGAUCACCAACCAACUCGUGGUGGCUCACAUGACACGGAGUGUGGUGCCCAUGAUGGACCCCAUCCUCCUCGCUCCGCUCACCCUCCUCAUCAUCCUGCCCCUCACCUCCUCACCGACACAGGGAGUGGUGCUCGCGAUCACCAUGGCCGCGUGCACGCUGGACCUCUCCACCUACUGCGUCUCCGUGUGCCGGCAAAUCGCGUCGCAUCUGGGCAUCCGAGUCUUCAGCAUCAGCUCUGCCGCUGGUGGUGGCGGCGGUGGCGGUGGCGAUGGUCACCGCCACGGUGGUGCCGAUGGUCACCGCCACGGUGAUGCCGGCGGCAUCACCGAAGACGAGGUGGGGCAGGGAGACGAGGUGGAGGAGGUGGAGGAGGAGGAGGAGGAGGAGGUAGACACGGGGACACUGAAGCCGCUGCUCAGUCGCGCGCAGUGAUUCGUGGGGAGACGUGGAAGUGGGGAGACGGGGGGAAUGCAGACGCUGGGAAACUUGAUGCGUAUUUGAACCUGUGAGGCGAUGAUUGGUUUAACGAUUGGAGGUGGACCGAGCUGUACAUACAUGUAUAUUUUACACGCAUGUGUGGACACGGACACGCGCACACACACGCACACACAGAGACAGAUCCCCCGUGUAGCCUCUAGCAGGGCUGUAGGGGCAAGUGCUGUGUGUAGUAGCGAGUAGC